GGCUUGGCUGCAGGCAAUGUGUGAGUUUGGAAGGCUGUGUGUAAGCGCCUCUCGUUAUUGGAACAGAUUGUAAAAACAAAAAUGAGUGAGUGGACACCUAUUGCGAAGCGUUAUGACCCUCUUAAAGCUGGGAGUAUUGAUGGCACAGAUGAGGAGCCCCAUGACCGUGCAGUGCUCAGGGCAAUGCUGGCACGUUAUGCACCAAACAAAGGAGUUACUGGUGACCCCCACAUGACAUUGUUUGUGUCCAGGUUAAGCCAACAAACCACAGAGGAAAAGUUAAAAGAAGUUUUUUCUCGAUAUGGAGACAUCCAGAGGCUUCGGUUAGUCAGAGACUUUAUAACUGGUUUUUCAAAGGGUUAUGCGUUCAUUGAGUAUAAACAAGAAAGUGCAUUAAUGAAAGCACACAGAGAUGCCAACAAGCUAGUGAUAGACCAGCGAGAAGUGUUUGUGGAUUUUGAGCUGGAGAGAACUUUAAAAGGAUGGAUUCCCCGUAGGAUGGGGGGAGGUUUUGGUGGGAAGAAAGAAUCUGGUCAGUUGAGAUUUGGAGGCCGGGACCGUCCUUUUCGCAAGCCUUUCCAUUUGCCACUGUUUCCAAAUCAUGGAGGAGAAGGUUGGGUAGAAAAACGACAGCGAUCUCGUUCUAGAGAAAGAAUGCAGGAAUGGAGAGACAAGAAAACUGACCAUAGCAGGGACAGAGGUAGGGAUGUGAGGUGGCAAGAUCGGACACACAGCAGAAGUGAUAAAGACCAACAACCAGGAAGGCACUUCAAAGAAGAAAGAAGCAGAGAGAGGGAAAAACACGAUAAUAACACAGAUAAAAGAAGAAAAGAUGGCAAGAGAGAAAGAAGUAGAGAACGAGAUUACAGAAAAAGGAGAGAUGAUGAUCGUGACUGAUAGAAAAUCCAUAGACCUUGCAAAGUACAUUUUAAAGCACUGUGACAAAUAACGGGGCAGCACCCAGAUCUUUUUGUGGUCAAACCUCUUCAAAUAAUUAGACAAAAUGUAUUGAGAACCCAAGGACAAUGCUACAAUGAG